AUGAAAUUUCAGGCUGGUUCCUUGAACUUACAUGAAAUGGAUAGUGAUUCUGAAUCCUCAAUGGAAGACGAGCUGCGCAUACCGGUGUUCAUGGUGCUGUUUGUGCUGUUAGCCUAUACUGCUAUAGGAGGAUUUUUAUUUCAGUCAUGGGAAGGACUACAGUACUUCGAAGCUUUCUACUUUUGUUUUAUCACAAUGGCGACAGUAGGUUUCGGUGAUAUUGUACCUACAGAACAGGUUUAUAUGUUUUUCACUAUGGCGUACAUAAUUUUUGGCCUAUCGUUGGGUCUUCAAGUUGGUGAGCAUAUACUUAAACACACUGGCAUUGAAGUGAUGAAAACAGCCGGUGGCAAAUUGGUCCAAGUGCGAGGAGCCGUGCUGAAUUCCAAGCAAGCUCGUGAGCUCGGCGUUGAAUACAUCCUAGCUGAUCUUCAGUACCACCAAAAGAACAUCCUCUAUGAGCCACUAAGCCCAACAGUAGCUAAACUAGUUAAGGAAAGUAAUAUUAAGGUAAGAAGAUGA